CUUCUACUACUCAGGAGAUAACGUCAUCCGAGUACAAAUAUAGAUACGGCAGUUCCACUCUACUGCUCUACUCCAGUCGAACUGCGCACGUAGUAGCAGUAGCAGCAUAGGCAAUCAGUCGCUUAAGUCGAAAAUGAUAUGUACCGUGUUUAUACUUUUAUCGGUUACGUUAGCGUUAUUCUUGUAUUUGAAAUCCACAUAUUGGAAAAGGAAUAAUAUUCCAACGGCCAAAGGAUGCUACCCGAUCGUUGGCCACUUGCUACCCGUGUUAGCCAUGCAAAAAACUGUUGGCGUACUGAUUCGAGAAAUAUACAAUGAAUACAAGGAUUGCAGCAUGGUUGGAUUUUACAAGGGAUUAGUGCCGUCAUUAGUUAUCCGCGAUCCGAACUUGGUGAAAUCCGUGAUACAAACUAAUUUCUCGAGCUUUAAUAUGAACGGACUCCAUAGUCAAAAAGACGUGGAUCACCUGUUAGCUCAUCAUCCAUUUUUCACCGUUGGGGAAGAAUGGUCAAAUGGAAGGAAGCGAUUGACGUAUGCGUUUACCAGUGGGAAGUUAAAAAUACUUUUCGUGACUAUUGCCGGAGUGUGCAAAAAAUUCCAAGAUUUCUUGGACAGGCGGCUGAGCUCGAACGACAAGUACGAAGUCGAACUGAAAUAUCUGUUCUCAAAAUUUACUGGCGAAGUUGCGGCGAACGCUAGUAUGGGCAUCGAAGGGCGCUGUUUCGGGGACGUAGAUGAUCCUCUUGCGUUCGAUCAGAUCGGCCAGAGUAUCUUUAAACCUAAUUUCUUCACUAGAUUUAUAUUUAUCUUUAUAGGCUUAUUUCCCAGUCUGAAUCGUUUCACGAAGAUCAAGAUCGUGAACGAGGAAUUGGAACAAACGUUCAGAACGCUGGUUAAGGAAAAUUUGGAGCACAGGCGAAAGGAAUCAACGCCCAGGCACGAUUUUCUCGAAUUAAUGGUGUCCCUCGAGAGAGAGGAAGGAAAACAGCUGCCAUUGGACGCUCUCACUGCUUAUUCAUUCUCGUUUUACGCCGACGGGUUCCAAACAUCAAGCGUUACCCUCAGUUUCAUUGGAUUUCAACUGGCUAUGCAUCAGGAUGUUCAAGAAAGACUACGAGAAGAAGUGAAGUCUGUCAUGGAAAAACACGGAGAUGUGUUAACGUACGAAUCGUUGAAAGAGAUGACUUAUAUGGACCAAGUAAUUAGUGAAUCGCAAAGAUGUUACUCGACACUGAGUAUCAUGAUCAAAGUAUGUACACAAGAGUGCACGUUGGAAGGAUCGGACGGACUUAAAUGUCGCGUGAAACCUGGCACCGAAAUUGUCAUACCCAUUUAUGGACUGCAUGAGGACCCGAGGUAUUGGUCCGAUCCGGAGACCUUUGAUCCAGAUCGAUUCAGUGGGGAGAGGAAGCACGAGAUUAAAAAAAUGACGUUCCUCCCAUUCAGCGAGGGUCCAAGGAUGUGCGUGGGAAUGAGAAUGGCACUGUUACAAAUGAAGUCUUGCUUGGCUACUUUGGUCAAAGGCUAUAAAUUGGAAUUGUCGCCUAAAACGAAACUGCCUUUAAAACUGGUGCCGCUCGUUUUUCUUUCAGAAGCAGAAGGCGGACUUUGGGUAUAUGUGUCAAAACUUUGAAAACAGUUAUGUAUGCAAUAUUAUAGGAAUUAUGGAUGUUAUUACGUUAUCUGUACGAAGUCUUCUUUACUUAUUGCAUAACGAAUUGGAAACGUAGAAAACAUUGCUAUCUCACUAGCAAAUAAUAGUUACGAUAGAACAACGAAAUCAGUGAUAACGUAAAAAACAACUGAAGUUUUCAAUGUCAUAUUUGUUACAUACCAAUAAUGUUAUCAAGUACAAAGAUCAAUACGGAAUAUGAUGCAUCGUAUAAUAAAUUCGUUUAAUAACGUCGUUAUCAAAGAUGAAUGAACCUUACUGCCUGCACGUAAAUUUAAACAACAUUACAAUUUAUCAUCCACCUAUAAUACACACACACUCGGUACGUUGAAUUUAAUAAAAACAUGUGAAACACA